AUGGAGGAUUUUCCUAAUGUUUCUUCCUACUGUCAACGCCUCAAGUCCUUGGCUGAUCAGUUGAAAAACGUUGGUGCAUUUGUGUCGGAUAGUAGAAUGGUAUUGCAAUUGGUUGGAGGCCUUACAAAGGCGUACCGUGGUGUUGGCACGUUAAUCCGACAGAGAAACUCGCUUCCACCUUUCUAUAAGGCCCAUUCCAUGCUUACUUUAGAGGAAGUAGGGAUGGCCAAGAAAGCGGCAACCGAAUUUGCAAUGAUGGCAGUCGAAUCUUCGCAAGUUUCUGAUCAAGCAGGGGGUUCGAAAGGCAGAAAUUCGGGUGGUGGCCGGCGCAAUUCUGGUGGCAGUCCGGGUGGUAGUCGCGGUGCAGGCGGUGGAAAGUCUAGUAAGGCUCAACAAUCCGGUGGCCGAGGUUCAAGUGCAACUCAAAACUUGAACUCGUCUCCUUCAUAUUGUCAGCCACAUUUCGCACCUUGGGGGUGGAUGAAUGGGCCUGGCCCAUGCCUCCUUGUCCAUACCCUAAUCAAGGGUGGGCCAAGCCACAACAACAAAGGCCACAAGCUCCUAGUCUAUUCGGCCAAAGGCCCCCAAAUCAGUAGCAACAGGCUUACUUAG